AUGUGCGAAAAUGUGUCGAUCGAUGGGGCAAUUGUGGCACCGAAAUGGGUGAAUAAAGGCUGUGUCUAUCCAAAUCAAAGCCUUAAACGAUACAUUCGCAUUGUGGAUGGACAAACUUUUGACCAAAUUGGUGACAAAGGCGAGCGCUUUCAAUUCCGUUUUCUUUGCUUUAAAAUCGUGAAUGAGAAAUAUGGAGAUUAUUAUCGAACGAACAUGACUCAUUGUGUUGUUGGAAAGAAAAAUGUCGCUAUUUUGCCAGGAGAUCAAAUAAAAUUAGAUGAUAUGGAAAAUGGGAAGAAAGUGACGAGAGUCUACAAUUGCACGAUUGUCAAGAAUCGUUUCGUGAUCAACGAGAGUACGAUUGGA